GCAGCGAGGGCGGAUCGGGAGGCGCAGCUGCUCGCAUUUCGCUCACUUGUCAAUCGCCCUGGAGAAAAACAUGUGAUCUGAUGCCGGGAUAAGUGUUUGCGAGGCUAGAUCUACCCGCGGCCACGUGCAAUAGUACCGUCGUUCUGUGAUAUGUGGAGGAAGUGUGGUAGAAGUGGCGUGUGUGUAAGGAGCACAAACACAACAUGACUCAGUGGGACUCGAAUGGGUUUUGGGGCGACCUCCUCCUCACUCCUCAUUUAGGCGAGGUCCUCAUGAAGGAGGUAGCUGUCAGUCGGCAGGCCCUAAGGAGAACUGAGCCAGCCAGGUCCCGUGUCUUGUAGCCUGAAGGACGCUGCAGGAGGCCCGGGGCAGUGAGAGGCAGAGAGGGAGAAGGAGAGAGUGUUUUGGGAUAUGGUGAUUUAAAAGGUUGACAUUUAAGUGUGAGAAAGUUUCGAGGAAGAUCUUUAGAAUGCAGGCCAAGAAACGGUACUUGCUCUUGUUCAGCUGCUGUGCUUUCCUCUCCUUCGGCUACUUUGGCUACCACCACUUCAAAAGCCAGCGGCAGAAUAAGUGGUAUCAGCAGUUGUCUAGUUAUUCGGACGACACAGACAUCCUUCAUGAUGAGGACAUUUAUCCCAAUCGUAAGUACAGGAGUCGAAGGACUUCGGUCGACAGGGAUGGCUUUGUGCCCUUCAGAGAGUGCCGCAUGGAGAACUGUUUUGAUUUCUCGCGCUGCACCAAGGAUUUCAAAGUGUAUGUUUACCCCAUAGACGAUAAUGUGCCGCCAAGCAGCAGCUACAUGAAAGUGCUCAAUAUUAUACAGGAUUCUAAUUAUCAUACGUCAGACCCUAGUCAGGCUUGUGUUUUUGUGCUGAGUCUUGACACCCUAGACCGUGACACACUGAGUAAAGACUAUGUGCGCAACAUGUUGCCAAGAAUACAGCGUUUACCUCUGUGGAACAAUGGCCAAAAUCACAUCAUAUUUAACCUAUACUCUGGCACGUGGCCUGACUAUGCAGAAGACCUGGGUUUUGAUGUUGGUAAGGCCAUACUAGCAAAAGCCAGCAUCUCCAUUGAGAACUUCCGCCAGGGUUUUGACAUAUCUCUCCCUCUGUUCCACAAAACGCACCCCGAGCGUGGUGGGGAAGAGGGCUUCCUAGAUUCCAAUAAAUUCCCGGGGACCAAGAAGUAUCUUUUAGCAUUCAAGGGGAAGCGCUAUGUGUACGGGAUAGGGAGCGAGACACGGAACAGUCUCUACCACUUACACAACGAACGUGACAUUGUGUUGGUGACCACGUGCAAGCAUGGCGAGAGCUGGAAGGACCACAAGGAUGACAGAUGUGAUCAUGACAACGCUGAAUAUGACAG